AUGCCGUACGCCAUUGCCGUUGGCAAGUUUGUUGGCACGAUCAGUCUCGGCCUCUUGACUGGUGUCUCCUAUACUCUGUCGUCGCAAUCCCUCCCUCUCCUCCUCACUCUGCCCGGCGCCGAGCCCGCCGCAUACACUCUCACCCAAACAACUCGCCUGGCAGCUCUACACAUCACGACAUUGAGCAGCGCAUCAUUUCUCGGCUUGACACUCGCAUAUGCGCUAUCGCCGCCGCGCGUCCGACAUCCCUACCUGCUCUGGACUGCACUGGUCGCUGCUACCAGCGGCUCGUUGACCUUGGCUGCGGAUCUCAAGGUCCUUCAGAGGCGCAAGCGCGACGCCAACGUUCCUGAGAUCAACGGCGAACAGGUCGAGAGGACGACAAGAGAUAGGCAGCUUUGGGAGUUCUUGAGGACUGGUCUCAGCGGAUUGGGUUUCGCAAUGGCUGUGGUCGGAAUCUGGGGUGAUGGUGCGUGA